AUGAAGGAGUGUUGUCCUAUAGCGUUGACGAUGUUAUCUAAUGGGCCACAUCUAAGUGGAUAUAAGACAAAUGGCGAAGUAACGAAAUAUUUACUUGAUUUGGUCGAGUUGUUACUGAACUUUUGCAUUUACAUAAUGGUGCAAACACUUGAAGUGCAGAAUCAGAAUAAUUGGGUGAUACGCUGUCAAGAUGAUAAAGAUUUAAAAGUGAUAAGAAAUGAGAGGCGUUUACUAGAGAUACAACAUGCAUGCAUAUUUAUCAAGUUUUAUUGCUUAUGGCUUGACUGUGAACAACUUUUCGAUUCGCUGAACAAUUUUCAUUCUCAUUUCAAAUCUCAUAUUGAAAUGUUUGGCUUUGAGAUUUAUAUUGAUGGUAAUUAUCGUUGUCCAAUUAAGCAGUGUUUAUUUACAAGUCCUACGAAAAUAGAAUUGCUGAGGCAUAUUUUUAUGCAUGAAUUCCAUGCGAUUCGUCAGUAUGAUGGAUUAUUUGCAAUUAUGCAUAGAUCCGAUACUUCUCAUUUGACUUCUUUGUUGCCACGACAAAAGCAUGCUGCCAGGCCUGAUCGUUAA